UCUCCUCCACUCCAAUCAUGGCGGCCAACUUGGUUAGAUCCUUCCUUCAGGUUGCUGCCACCGAAGAGGUCGCUCCUCCUCUCCGAGUUGUUCAGAUCGAAGGACUGGUUAUUUUGAAGAUAAUCAAACACUGCAGGGAGUUUUCACCGGCUCUGGUCACCGGGCAGCUGCUUGGGUUGGAUGUUGGCAGUGUUCUCGAAGUUACUAAUUGCUUCCCCUUCCCGAUUCGGGAGGAGGAUGAGGAGAUUGAAGCUGAUGGUGCUAAUUACCAGCUUGAAAUGAUGAGGUGUUUGAGAGAGGUCAAUGUUGACAAUAACACUGUUGGAUGGUACCAGUCCACAUUGUUGGGUUCUUUUCAAACAGCAGAGUUAAUUGAGACAUUCUUGAACUACCAGGAAAAUAUUAGACGGUGUGUGUGCAUCAUUUAUGAUCCAUUGAAAUCCAAUCAGGGAGUCUUAGCACUGAAGGCGUUGAAGCUAUCUGAUUCAUUCAUGGAGCUCUACCGCAGCAACAAUUUUACAGGAGAGAAGCUAAGGGAGAAAAACCUUUCAUGGGUGGAUAUCUUUGAGGAAAUACCUAUCAAAGUUUCAAACUCUGCACUUAUCAGUGCAUUUAUGACGGAGUUGGAAGCUGAUACACCUGUUACCCAGUGUGAUUGUGAUCGUCUGCAAUUAUCCACUAGUCCAUUUAUGGAGAGAAAUAUGGAAUUUCUUAUUGAGUGUAUGGAUGAUUUGUCUAUGGAACAGCAGAAGUUCCAAUACUAUUACAGAAACCUGUCACGCCAGCAAGCCCAACAGCAAGCAUGGCUUCAAAAGAGAAGGACUGAAAACAUGGCACGGAAGGCUGCCGGAGAAGAACCUCUUCCUGAAGAGGAUCCUUCAAACGCCAUUUUCAAGCCACUCCCUGAGCCAUCACGGUUGGACAGCUAUCUGAUAACAAAUCAAAUCUCAAACUACUGCAACCAGAUUAAUGGGGUUGCUGGACAGAGCUUCAGCAGAUUAUAUUUGACAAAGGCUUUGCAUGAGAACUGAUGUAAUGCUGCAAUGUGAGAUAUUUCAAGUGUUUGUAGUGCGGAGAAAUACGUCCUCUUCAUGUGCUUUUUAUGUCUCUUAAUUUAAAGUUUGCCGAUCUGUCAAAUUUUGAACAAAUAUUAUAUACAAUUAGAAGGCAAAUUGGGAUGUAAAAUACUAACGGGGGAUGCAUGCCAAAAAAACAGUUCUAUACUCAUCACCUAUAUUUUCUUUUUUAAUUAUUUUUUAUUUGUAAGGCAGUUCAUAUUCAGUACUUUGCCAUUUCUGAGUUUUAAAAGUUUGGCACAAAUGAUUAAAUUCAUUUGGUUCAAAUGACUUGUGCGUCUUGGAUAUGAUAUUUUGCUUGGAAUGGAUUCUAUUUGAUUA